AUGGAGAAAGAGCAGGAUGCUAUGGUUGUAAGGUUGCUUCGAGAGUUGGAAAAGGUUAAGGAGGAGAAUGUGCAUUUGAGAAAGCAGUUGGCAAUGACUCACUCUAGAGAUAACAGUGACAGAGAGCUAAAUGGAGAAGAAUAUGAAUCAAAUUACCAUUAUAGCCUUGUAGAGUACCCCUCCACGCCGAACACUUCUCUUGUAUCGAGAGCAAGGAGACCCAGUUCCAUGAGUCAAUCACUAUCAUUAGAGACUCCUGCUCAAUCGAUGCAUAAAAAGAGGGGAUCAUCUGUGGUGGGUCCAAGUGGUGCAUCUGCUACGAUCUUGCUGAAUGAUGAGAGGCACAGUGUUACAGAUGUUGAUCCAAGGUUGGCAGUCCCCCGUGGAUGGUCAAUGUCGGAUGAAGUUCCCAAACGUAGGGUUGAAGUGGGUGACGGGACUAGAAGAUUACAAGAAUAUAGGUUGAAAUGA